AGAGGGAGAGGGAGAGGAAGAGGGAGAGGAAGAGGAAGAGGGAGAGGGAGAGGAAGAGGCAUUCCGAUCCGCUAUUAAUGUGUGACUAGAUCAUGAGGCCCAGGCAGAGCGCUGAACAGCUCAACAUCACUUUCUCCACUCGUGUUUUGGACCAGUUUGCAAACGACGUGUACUGAGCUGAUCAGUGCACACAGAGGCCCGUGUCAUUGUGUUUGGACUGUGAGAGUGGACACUGCGUGCUGAUAGGUUGUUGAGAGCACACCCAGGGAUACCUAGAAAAACAAAGGACACAAAUACACCCUCAUUGACAUCCAGAGAGGAAGCAGCAGAGCAAUGUGCACAUGAUGUCCCCUGCUGCCAGGCAUGCUCCCACUGCUCACACUAUUUACUAAACACAAGCAUCAGUCAAUCUCCACGCCACCAGCUUCAACUGAUCCACCUCACGCUGCUGCCACAGCGCUGCCAAGAUAUUUAUUCUAUUCCGUCUGCGUCUAUCACUGUCAGGUUUCAUCUGUGGCCUUCAGAAAGAAGGUGUGUACAUGUUGCUGUAGCAUUGGUUAUUUAUUUGGGCCAUUCUGGUGAAUAAACAUGACGUCAGUACUGUCCUGCUCAACGUGUGAGUGGUGUUUCUCUCUAAUUUUAGAUUGAAGACACAUGACUCCCCAUGUUAGCCAGAGAGAGAGUGACCUACAGGAAGGAAUGUGGGAGCGGAGCGCCUGAUUGGGUCAUUAGAGGGCAACUGUUCUGAGGCUAGCCAAUCAGACGGCUGUUCUGGAGGAGGGAGGAGGGAGAUUAAGUAUCACAACACAAGCUUGUGUUUGUCCAUACAGCAGAAGACUCUACACAGACAAUAACACAGACGCUUUCUGUUAGCGUCUGGCCAACAAACGUGUCUCUUGUCUGCAGAGGACAGAAACAGGAGGAAAAGGAGUGAGCUGCAGGGAGCCAGUGACACUGAUAGACAGCUACAGUAGCCGGUCCAGACCCAGCAGAGGUCCAGUAGCCGAUCCAGACCCAGCUACAGUAGCCGAUCCAGACCCAGCUGCAGUAGCCGAUCCAGCCCCAGCUGAGGUCCUGUGCGGGUGGCCUGCUGCUCCCGUUGCUCAAUGGGUCGCUACCUCAGUGCAAACCUUGUGACUUAUCUGGGAGAGAAGAGGCUUAGAUGUUACUCUAAGAUAAGCACACUGAGAAGAAGCUGUCUGAGAUCUGUGAGGGCGAAGAGGAGCGGGAGCUCAGGGUCCAGUGGUCCGUUUGCAGACGUAGGAAGGAAAGUGACGCCUGAUGCCGUCCUGUGCUCUCAGGCUGUGCGACUGUACUCCACCUCCAGCAGGAAUGCCUUCAAAUCAGAGGCCCCCAUCGGCAUCAACCAGGAGCAGCAUCCCUCCUCUCUCCAGCUGAGUCUGCUGCGUCUUGGAGAGUCCUUUCAGCGCCUGUCCAAACACAUCAACUUCUAUUUCAGAAGCAGAGACCUGGCCGUAGCACCAAGUCUCGGGAAUAGUGGUUUGGUUUACACCUUCCACGAACCUAAACAGCGAAGACAACAGAGGCGGGCCCAUAGCCAGAGGACAGGCAAGGACAGGAGCCCUCUGGAGGACGGGAGGAGUACUGCGAGUCAUCUGAGGUCUGUGGCGGUUCUCCACACAUCAGCACAGCGUCACGAGGAGCAGAGCCCCUCCAGGCUGUCCACCGGGCUGCAGCUGUUCCACAUCAGCUCGCUCGCCACCAGGUUUGGGGAGAGCUACAACUACGUGGCCAAUCACAUCAACUCCGUCUUCACCAGAAGUCCCGCGCGAGAUCUUCACGCCCAGACGGCGGAGGACGAGUCGCCAUACAGGAGACAUGGUAGACGGAGGAAAGCCCUUAAAGUCACCACUGAUGUGCGCCAGUCGCCAGUGAACGACGUUGUUUCAGUUAGUGCCCAAACGGUGCAUGCCAAGGCUGCUGAGGUGGUUUCAGUUAGUGCCCAAACGGUGCAUGCCAAGGCUGCGGAGGUGCCCAGCUCUUGGGAGGAGGGGUACCUUCACUUUGCCCACCACAUCAACCGCUACUUUGGAGCCAAGGUUACAGACUCCGGAUCCGUUAGCACAACACAAGCGAACAACAGGUCUUACACGGAGCCCAAACAGAGCCCUCCAGCUCCGCAGCCCACAGCGCCAGGCCUCUUCCACCCGAGCAACACCACCACCAGCUUUGGGGCCAACCACGCUCACAUGGCCGAUCACAUAAACCACUAUUUCACCGGCCAGUCGGGCUUUGAGGAUGACCUGGAGGGUGAUUACACGGACCAAACAGUGUUGGCCGUCAGCAGCACUCGGACGCAGAAGCCAGCUUCCUUUCUGCAGUACAUUCUGCACUCCACCACCGCUAUACCACAUAUGAUAAGUAGCUACUUGGGAGCUGGCUCCGAGAACCAGCAGACUCAGGCCCCCUCCAGAGACGCACCAACGGCAACCAGGUCGCAGAGAGUGGUGCUGUGCCAGGAUCGAGCAGAGGAGAUGACAAGAGUCCUCCUGGGGAACCUGAGGAACGCCACUGCGCCGUCAUCCAUCAUUGCGUGCACUGAGGAGCUGAACAGACACCUUAUAGCGCACCCAGCAUGCAAGGCAACGAUGUGGCAGGAGAAGUUGGUGUUGCAGCUGUUGCGAUAUAGACGGAACCACACUAGCGAUGUAAAGCUUCAGAGAGCCGUCAGGGAAACCAUGGCGCUGAUUGGCUACCUGGAUCCCGUCAGAGGACAGGGGGUGAGGAUGCUGUCCAUCGAUGGAGGCGGCACAAGGGGAGUUGUUCCGCUUGAAGCGUUGAAGUUGAUUGAGGCUCAGACGGGCAAGCGGAUCCAUCAGCUGUUUGACUACAUCUGUGGAGUGAGCACGGGAGCCGUGCUGGCCUUCAUGAUCGGACUGGGCCGUUUCUCCCUGGACGAGUGUGAGGAGAUGUACCGGCGCUUUGGCUCGGACGUGUUCAAACAGAACCCCCUGGUGGGCACCGUGAAGAUGGGCUGGACUCACUCCUACUACAGCACCGAGACCUGGGAGUCAUUACUCAAGGAGAAGAUGGGGGAGCGAGUUCUCAUUAAAACGGCCAGGAGCGAGAUCUGUCCCAAAGUGUCUGCGGUGAGUGCGGUGGUGAACUGGGGCACCAGCCCGAAGGCCUUCAUCUUCAGGAACUACAACCACGCGCCCGGGCGCCUCAGCCGCUACCCCGGGGGCUCCUCCUACAGGCUGUGGGAGGCGGUGCGGGCCUCCUCCGCCGCCCCCGGAUACUUCCAGGAGUUCCCCCUGCACAGCGACAUCCACCAGGAUGGCGGAUUGAUCCAGAAUAAUCCGUGUGCUCUGGCGGUGCAUGAGUGCCGUCUGCUGUGGCCCAAGCAGCCCUUCCAGUGCGUGCUGUCGCUAGGCACCGGGCGCCACGACAACACCCAGCGAGGGCCAGCCACCUCCACCAGCCUCCGGGCCAAACUCAACCACCUCAUAUACAGCGCCACGGAUACAGAGGGUGUCCAUACGCUGCUGGCUGACCUGCUCGAUGAGGACGUCUACUUCCGGUUCAACCCGAUGCUGAAGGCCGAGGUUUCGCUGGACGAGAGCCGUGCGGAGGUGCUGGACCAGCUGAAGUCGGACACGCUGCAGUACCUGGAGCGGAACCGGCUCAAACUGGACCUGCUGUGCAUGGUGCUGGGGGCCGAGCGCUCAGCCCUGACCAAGAGCAGAGACUGGGUCAGCCAGAGGGUGUGGGAGCUGCAGCACCGCUGGGUCUGACCACACACACACACCCCCCCCCAACACCGCUGGGUCUGACCACACACACACACACCCCCCCCCAACACCGCUGGGUCUGACCACACACACACACCACACACACACCCCCCCCCCAACAUCACCCCCCCCAGAGACUGGGUCAGCCAGAGGGUGUGGGAGCUGCAGCACCGCUGGGUCUGACCACACACACACACACACACA